GUUUAUUUGUUGACUGUGAACUCUUUGUUCCGUUGUGUUAAAGCAGCUAAUAUACAGUGAGUCGUGAGUGAAAAAUUGGUAGAAAUAGACAAUAAUUAAAGACAAGUGUGUGUAGUUUGUGGCAGACCAUACUGGAAGUAAUCCAACGUGAGUUUUCGUGUUUUUCCAACUCGUUCGUCGUGCUGCCAGUUACUGAAAUGGAUUUGGUUGGCUCAGAUCAUUGUGAGGAUCAGAACCCGGAUGUCGAUAUCAGUACAAGUAGCAAUAGGAUGUCUGAACCUGCAGAGAUCAUCAUUGAAUAUGAGCACACCUUCACAAGUACCGAUGGCAAAAUUGGACAUUCUACUCCUAAGCGGAAAAGGAAUGAAUCUAUGAGUGCUGCAGUUAGAGAUGGAGGGCUGAAGAGACUGACAAGUCCUCAAUCAGACAACUGUGAUGUCUUGUCAAUAUCUUCAACUACAGUGACAGCAUCUGAAUGCAAUAUAAGUAACAACUCUGACACUGUUUUGGCAAGAAAUGAUAGUUCAAUUACUCUGUCGGCCAGCUCAUUGUCAGCAACAGUUACUGCAAGCUCUGAUGAUGAACCUAGAGAACUACCAAGCAUCUCGGGGAAAAUGACUAGGCAUAGGCAAAUAAUGCAGCAAAGAUCCAAAAUGCAUAAGCAUGUAUGGAACAUUUCUGGCAAAACUGUAGGUAGCGCAGAAAAAACAAUAGCGUCUCUGAAAAAGAAAAUUAAAAAUCUUCAGCAGCAAAAUCGCAGACUGAAGUCUAAAGUAUAUUCCCAGCAAUCAUUAAUGGAGUAUUUGAGGGAGACAUGUGGUUUGACGCCAAAUGCAGGACUAGUUUUGAAUGCGCCGAACAUACCAUCAUCACAAGAAGACUCGGCCGAUCACAAACGCCACGUUCAGGAGCUAAUGAUGCAGUCCAAUUGCCCGAUACUGGGAUGUAAUUGGUCGUGUUACGAGUGGUGUUGUAUGACCAACCCACUACGUUAG